UUGUUACGUAUUGAGCGUUCUCAUUAUAGCACUACUCCUCUGCCUUAUCUGGAAGAAGCUCUCGUGAAUACACUCGAAAGAGGAUUGCCAUCGCUGGAGUCUUCCAACCCAUACGAGCGUAUCAUGACCAGGCUGUUACAAGCUUCGAACGACGAGAAUGUGGACGUUGCCAGUAUAUUGCGCAGUCCUUCUGUUCAGCAGGCAAUAUCUCAUGGUAAUGCUCGGUCAGAAAAUGGAUCCUCUUCUCCGCAACAUACGUCGUCCAGACUGCCUAUUCAUCCGCGUGCACCGGUGCCUUCUCUGGGAUCGCUCGCUAGAGGUGUGAUCACUCAAUCUGGUGGAGAUAUGCCGUUCAUGUCGGAGGUUAUAUCAAAUAUAAUGAGGAGUAAUGGCCUUGGUACCUCCCUGCCUCCACAAGUCGACGUGAUCGUGGAAUAUGGAGACACGGGUUCCCAAUCUGGUGGAAAUCAAGGACAACCUCAAUUGCUCAAUAUGGCUAUGAGCGGGAUGACUGAUGGUCAAGGGAGACAACCCACAGCUGUUGGAUAUCAUGUCGAAGUUCAUCAGUUUGACAUAUUCAGUCAAACACCUGAGCAAGAGAAUUCUUCGCAGAACUCCAGUCAAGGUGGUGCGUCAUCGAGCGCAUCUUUGCCUCUAACUGCUCCUCCUGCAAACAUGAUCGCUCAAGCAAAUAUACCAACGCCAACUGUCCGUAAUGAUUUCAGUCAGAUGAGGCAGCGCCAACAAGGUCCUCCCGGAGGAUUUCCAUUCGUCAUGGGUGGAAUGGGUUUUCCAUCGGAAAUGCAUUUCACUGCUCCACGACAAGAUAUCGUUAAUGUGGAUCCAUUUUUAUCGUGCACAAGUAGAUUCACAGAUGUGCAGCGGGUUCUGCGCAACAGUCACCCAACCAGUCCUUCUCAGCUGUCUCCUUACCGACGACUCAUGGGCGAUGCGUUGUCGUCGAAUUCGCUGACUGAUCGCCGAAUCACACCAAUAGAUGCUUACGAGCGGGUCAUGCUUGCUCUCAACACGUCGGGUCACGUUUUAAUAUCAGACGAAAGUAAUUUCGAAAGCUUCGUGCAACUUGCUAUUCGUUCCGCUCUGAGUCAAAUGAUUCAUACAGAUCAGGACCGCAACUCUCGUAAGUGCCUCCGAACAUCAGUUGUUCAGAGUUUAUUUUUUUUUGCAUUCUGUGGCUUUUUCUUUCUUACUCUGCUUCUCUUCUGA